AUGUGGAAUGGUGAUGGAACCGUGGAGGUCAAUGGCUUUCGAGUUUUCUACUCAGAGGUGGAUUGUGUGAGGAGAAUCUUUGAAAAACACCCAGAAACCGCAACGAAUAUUCGUCCAAAGAACCAAAUGGUGAAGAAUGCUUACAUGAACAACCUCCUCGACCUCAUUGACAUAAUUUGCUUAGCUCCUCAGGAGCUCACAGAGGAGGAAAUAAGAAAUGCAGAGAACACGCUUUUGGAACUGGUAGAGGUAGGUUUCAAGUUGGAUUGGCUGAAGAACAGGCUGGAGGAGCUUUGCGUGAAGAAGAAGAAAAUGGAAGCACGUGGGGCUAGGAUGAGAGAACUCGAUGGAAUGAUCGUGGAACAGAGGCGUGUUUUGUGGGCUCUUGAAACCGAACUGAAGAAUGAAGAAAACGAAGCUGUUUCCGACAGUGCUCGACUUGGUUUCGAUGAUGUUGUUUGA